AUGGCGGAUAACAACGCGAUAGCUGGAACGGAGGACGAACUCGAAGACUAUCCCAGCGUGACAUUUCCGCUGUUGCAAGAACUCGAGAAAAAAUUCUUCGAAAUCGUUGCCGACGGAAAUAUCACCGAAGUGCGAUUAUUCCUGAACGAGCAUCCAGAUUUCAAUAUUAACGUCAUAAAUUUUCAAGGUGUUAGCGCGCUCAAUAUCGCCGUGAACGAGAGAAAUAUACCGAUGGUGGAGUACCUCUUGUCUCUGCCGGAAAUCGAUCCGGGCGAUGCGCAUCUACACGCAAUCAGGAAUAAUCAAAUACGGGUCACCAUGAUGAUACUGGACAAGCUGAAUGAAUUGACGCCCGGCUUCGAAUACGCCGGCAUCACUCACAGCCCCGAUUUCCCAGAUGAUACAACCCCUCUCGCCGUCGCGGCGCAAUAUGGACACUUCGAGAUGAUUGAUAUGCUCAGAUUCCGACGUCACAUCCUAUAUAAGCCUCAUCCUCCUAGCUGCAAUUGCGAAGAAACGUGCAAGUACGACGACGCUCACGCGACGAAUACGAAACGUAUCCUUCCAAAACCGGAAAGGGAAAAGGGCGAUAUCCUGACCAUGGAGAAAAUGCGAUUGUUUAUGUACAGAGCGGUAUCGAACCCGGCCUAUAUUUGUCAAACCGAGGAAGAUCCGAUUCUGAAGGCUUUCGAAUUAUCCGCCGAGCUUAGCAGGGAAGCGACGUUCGAUAAAGAAUUUUAUCCCGACUAUAAAGCGCUGUCCAAAGAGGUGUCUCAAUUCGCUACAGACUUGAUCGGAUGCGCUCGUAAAGUCGAUGAGGUCGAGUGUAUCUUAAAACGAAACGUCGGUUUCGGUCGUGCCUCCAGCUUCGUGUACCCGCGACUCCUGUUAGCUUUGGAUUAUGAGCAAAAAACCUUCGUGGCUCACCCGAACGUACAGCAGUUGGUCGAGAGCACGUGGAUCGGCAGCUGGCACGAAUGGAAGGUUCGCAGCAUGUGGCUGAAGUGCUUGUCGGUGAUCCCGCAGGUCGGUAUGCUACCGUUUAUAGCAUUCGUCAUGAUGGUCGCGCCAAACUCGAAGCGAGCCAAAUUCUUCGAAAUCCCAGUGAACAAAUUCCUCUCUUCGGUGGCAAAUUAUUUGAUAUUCCUUACGUUCGUGUUCCUGCAGUCGCACAGCGACAAGACCGAGCAGCUUCGCGGACCGCCCAAUACCGGAUUCGAAUGGAUCCUCGUCAUUUACGUCGUGUCAUAUAUAAUCGCGCUCAUUCGACUGUGCAUCGUGGACGGGCCGGCCAGGUGUUUCAGGACACGUAGAAAUUGGUGA